GUCUAGUGCGCGAGAGGAGAAACCAGCAGGUUGUCAAGGCACACACAAGUAGUCUGACUUCUGGACGCUGACAGCUCGUAUCGGCUCUCUCGUUUCAGCUCGGAUUUUUUUCGCCUCUUUGGAUAUCUGUGUUUUGGUAUCGGCGACGGACUUUCAACAUCUUAUUUCUAACAGCAAAGACCUCAACAGGCAUAUCAGCUUUUCCCAGUAUAAAGGUACUGAACCCUGCCUGCUCUGACGCCGUGACUCCAGACACACACGCUGGCUGACAGACGCUGAAAGAGAAGUGGAGACAAAAAGAUUGGAGGACAGAGGGAGAAGAACAACCUCUCGUAGAGUGGUGGCCAGAGUGACAGAAGAGCACAUGAGGAGCGGAAACGGCGUGACAGCAACAUCCUGACCGGUAACCUUGCUUCUGCAGACCACCGCACGCCCAGCAACUCCAGAAGCAGGGCGUCAGAAGGAAGGAAACGUGUGUGACCACUCCUCCUGCAGGCAUGAGGUCCUUCCGUUCCUUCAGCAACGAUGACCGCCACGUCAUGGCGAAACACUCCACCAUCUACCCCUCCUCCCAGGAGCUGGAAGCUGUUCAGACGCUGGUGUCCACUGUAGAGUGCGCCCUCAAACACGUCUCUGAUUGGCUGGAUCAGAGCAGCAGCGAAGUCCACAGCCAGGUGGACAGCCAACCAGCAGACAGCACAGAGGACGACGAUCCUGGCGAUGAACCCAGUAAUGAAACUGAGGAUUCCAGUGACAGCUACAGAGAGCCCAGCAGUGGUGGCGUGCUGUGUGGAGUGAUGAGGAUCGGCCUGGUGGCAAAAGGCCUCCUGAUCAAAGGCGACAUGGACCUGGAGCUGGUGCUGAUGUGCAGAGACAAACCCACACAGACACUGCUGGACACUGUCUGUCACAAUUUACCCACACAGAUAGAGAAGCUGACAGAAGAGAAAUAUGAGGUCACAAGCUCCUUGCCCAAGGCAGCCAUCUUGGUACGAACUACAACAGAGCCCAAACUCACACUGACGGUUACCCUCACCUCACCGGCCAUGAGGGAAGAUGAGGAGGAGGAGGAGGAGGAGGAGGAAGAGGAGGAGGAGUUGGAGAAUGGGGAGGAAGGACAUGAGGAAGAAGAGGAGGAAGUGGAGGAUGAACUAGAGGAGCAGGAGAAGAAGAACGGGCGAGUGUUGGGUGCUGCUGCGCAGACAGUGGAGGCUGAGGAGGAGGAGGGGGAGGUGCUGGAUAGACACAGAUGUCUGUUGGCCCUGGCAGCGCUGCGACACGCCAAGUGGUUCCAGGCUCGAGUGAACGGGCUUAAGUCCUGCGUUAUCGUCCUCAGGAUACUUAGAGACAUGUGCAAUAGACACCCUGUCUGGGAACCUCUCAAGGGAUGGCCCUUAGAGCUUAUCUGUGAGAAGGCAAUUGCCACCUGCAACAGACCUCUCGGGGCUGGAGAAGCCCUGCGUCGAGUCAUGGAGUGUCUGGCCUCAGGCAUACUGCUACCAGGUGGUCCAGGUUUACACGACCCAUGUGAGAAAGAGCCAACAAACACACUAGCCAACAUGACCGACCAGCAGGCUGAGGCCGUUACCUACCGCGCACAGCAUGCCCUCAGACUCAUGGCGUUCGGACAAAUCUACAAGGUGUUGGAGAUGGAGCCUCUUCCCUCAAAUAAACCAUCGCAGAAAUACCCUUGGUCUGAUAAAGAAGGCUUAGGUCUGAAGAGGCCAUAUGAGGAUGGAGCGAUGGAUGACAAGGACCUCAUCAAGAAGAUGAAGAGGAAUCUUCGGAAAGUCCUAGACAGUAAAGCCAUAGACUCCAACCAGCCAAUGAACGCCCUGAUGCGGUUGAACCAGAUCCGGCCGGGGCUGCAGUAUCGCCUGCUGUCCCAGUCGGGCCCGGUUCACGCUCCAGUCUUCACCAUGUCUGUGGACCUGGAUGGAACCAUUUACGAAGCAUCUGGAUCCUCCAAGAAGACCGCCAAGCUCCACGUUGCCGUCAAGGUUCUCCAGGCGAUGGGCUACCCGACAGGUUUCGACUCAGACCUGGACCCCAUGAGUUCAGAUGAGAAGUCGGAUGGUGAAGGGAAGAGUGAGACUUCGUCGCACACUAGCAAUAACCCAACACACUCCUCGGACAGUUCCAACACACUGGAGGUACGAACUCAGGGUCCCAUACUGACGGCAAGUGGAAAGAACCCUGUCAUGGAGCUAAACGAAAAGAGACGAGGCCUCAAAUACGAACUCAUCUCUGAAAGUGGAGGCAGCCAUGACAAACGCUUUGUUAUGGAGGUGGAGGUCGAUGGGCAGAAGUUUCGUGGGGCAGGCCCCAACAAAAAAGUAGCAAAGGCCAGUGCUGCUCUGGCAGCUCUGGAAAAGCUCUUCUCUGGUCCCAACGCAGCUGCAAAUAAGAAAAAGAAGAUCUUGCCUCAGACUAAAGGAGCUCUGGCGGCGGCAGCAGCAGCCUCAGCAGUAGCAGCUCAAGUAGCCAGAGGAAGAGGAAGAGCAGCCCUCGCGAGAGGAGCCUUCGUCAGUGCAGCCGCACCUGGAUACGUCACACCAGGCUUUGGGACACCGUAUGGCUACAGCCCUGCUGCAGCAGCUGCUCCUGCAUACGGCGGUCUCUUCAUUGACAAUCCCUUCUACCAGCCGCGAACCAUCGCUCCUUUUAUCAUUCAUCUGGGUCCCCAGGAUCUCUUCUCUGACUUCUAGAGGAAGCAGGUUGUUGGAUACUUUCUUCACACUUACCUGUCUAUAUACGCAGGACACCUGUUUUUCUGUCCAUCUAAGCGGGCUGCCUUUGUACCCAGGUGACGGACUCACAGAUCCAAAACUGUUUCCGUUUGAUCAGUCCGCUGGGAAAAACUUUCUGCCCAACAGCAGCGGUAGAAACUAUCUCACCUACUGACCGAGAGGCUCAUAGCUCCUCUCUCUGUUUUCUCUACUCUACGCCCAGAUUUACCUUCAGAGGAAAGAAACUUUACACGAAGCAAUACUCAGAUUUUACGAGAAACGUUCAGCAGCGACUGUGCGAGGCUGGGCUGAACUUCUUUCUUAUAGCAAUACACCAGAACUCCUCUCUUCGAGCUUACUUACUUGAGAAGAUGUGAAUGUCCGAUGGAGUUUUACCCAACACAGCAUUGCAAUAGCUCAUUCUGAUUGUAUAUUCAUUGUAUGUGUGUGUACGUGUGGCUAUAACAUGACUAUAUACACAUAUAUGUAUGGUGUAUGUUUCUAUAACGGUGUGUUGACAAUAAUAUUACUAUAUGAUGAUGUAUUUAUGUAAAUAUUCUAUAAAAUAUAACUAUUGUUGGUAUAAAUUAUUUUAGAAUUAUAAAGUGAAAUGUAACUGUAAUAUCACAGUAUAGCUUUCUUCCAAUUUUAUAUACACUGAGCAAUUGAAGCUAGUUCUAGGAGAUGCAAUAUUAUCUUUGGUAUUCCUAUUAACCUGUGCUGUUAGAAUGAUAAUGCUUCCUUCUUUCCUUCCUUUCCUCCUCUCUUUCCUUCAAACUUUUCCUCUAUCUUUGAUGUCUUUCUGAGCCUUUCUGAGCACGCUCUCUGCUGCCCGAGGUUUGUUUACGUGGCCCGGACCGGAGGUGCUCGCUACUACUGAACACACUCAUAACCUAAUCACACCUGUACACACACACACACACGCACACACUUUUCCUGUCAGAAAGCACAUUUUCUAUAGUCUCACUGCUGGCAGGGAAUACUGUUGUUACAAUUACAGUACUGUAUGUGUAUAGUAUGUGUAUACACCGAUGUACGCCCUCCUCCAUGUACCAUUUACACGUUAGAGACUCAACCAUCAACACUCGUCAGCUCCGUCCCGCUCGCCUUAGGGACCAAAAGCACAGCUCACUCACUCGCAUUACUGUUCCUCCUAUCUGCAGACACACACAUUCACACACACCCUUCCCUCCACCGUCCUCUGGCAAUCCUCUACUGUGCGGACGUAAUGCUGCUGCUGGUGGCAGAUACAGCAUUUGUAAAAGAUAUACUUACACGGAGAGAGACACAGCACAAACUACUGGCUGACUGAUUAAAGGUAUGGCAAUAGUUGGACUUUGAAUUGGAUUUUUUGGUCCCUGCUUGGGAAAAAGGGCAAUUUCAAUGGUUAGUGAUGUAAUAGGUAGGGUUUUUUAUUUUUUUGAAAGAUGGGGUUGUACCUUUGGCUGCCUUUGACGGUCAUUAAAGCCAAAAAAAUUGAGCAAAAGAAACCUGUCUGGUGCUGAGGCAAGUAAUCUAACAUUGGGCGCUGCAUUGGGAGAGAAGAAGUUGGACUUUUGGUAGCUAGUUUCAGCCACCAAACACUUUUUGUGAUAUUCAGUGAAUAUCUCCUCACAGUCAGCUAGCUGUCUGUUCUAUGAAUCAUACACAGCCCUAGUUCUUUACAUGGGAAACCAACAAGGUGGCUCAGAAUGAGCCACUCAACACUUUCCAUUCAUGCUCAUGCACAGGACAUGGUCGAGGCCACAGACGUAUAAAGAGAAAGGUAAUGGGAGAGAGAGGAACUUUAAAUCUGACUCAUGCUAUCGUAGAGACAGGAGGGGUGUCGAUGAAAUGAACUCUGAACAUUUCCACCAUGACACAUACUUGAGGAAGCAAAGUUAGCUUUUGAGAUCAAAAAGUGCAUCGACUUUUAUUUGAAGACAGAAGUCAGGUAUUUUUGAAAAUCUGAAGCCUUUUCAUUGAGUAAGUGUAUUUGCUUUUAAAGGCACUUUGCCUUGGCUAGUUUGGAAGCACAUUUCUGCCAGGGUGAAGAAAGCAAAUCAUUAUAAUGAGAAACUUAAUAAAGAAAGUUGUGAGUUAGUAUUUCAAAUAAAGAAUAAGAAACAAAAUUAUUAUUUUGAGAAAGUUUCUCAUUAUAAGGAUACUUUUUAUUUCAUCAUAAGGCUAUGCUUUCUUUCCUUUUAUAUUUUUUAUUUAACUGUCAGAAAUUGUUUCCACAGGCUUGUUACAAGGUUGUUGAACUGUUGCGGAGAGAUUUGGGUAAUGGAGGAAAUAGAGUUUGUUAUAAUUUUUAGCCUCAAAUACAUUUAUAUUGCUUAGUAGUGUGCAGUCUUAGUGUUGUGGGUUUAACGCUGCUAUAUUGGCACAUAUUGCACGUACUAUUUACGCAGGUGUUAAUUAGACGGAGAGAUGAGAUGAUCCAUUAAACUCUGAAGUGCUUUAUGCAUAACAGCGUGUUCCGUCUAAUUUUGGGGUAUUGUGGUUGGAACCAAGCAGGUGUCACAACACUGUACCCACUGAGCUAGUAGACAGCAUAGUAUUCACUCAGCACUGUGUGGGAUUUCUGCACAUUUCUGUGGUGCCUACAUGCUUCUGAAAGCUCUUCAUCAGUUAUUUGUUUUAUUUUUAGCCUUUAAUAGAGACAAGGUGUCAGUCAGCAGAGGCACAACAGAGCAGAAUGUGCAUCAAAAGGCUUUUUAUUCUCCUCACGCUUGCCUUGAUCUGGGCACCAGUUUGAUCUUUUGUGUUUGUGUCUGCUUUGAUUUAACAAAAAAACGACACCUGAGAACAAGCCCUUAUAUAUUUUUAACAAUAAGCCAAAUUAAAGUUAGAUUUUGAGCUGACAGUGAGGAGAAUUUGGCCGUUUUACCGAAGAUGGAAUAAAAUUGUGCCAUCGAGAACUGGAGGAUGUCCUGCGAUUCCUUCGGAGCAGUGAGGUCAAACACACAGGCCGUUUAUAUUUGAACAGCAGGUUACUCAUCUUGAACAACUGGAGUUACCCACACAGUGUCCUGUGGGGAGAGCAGGGGUCCACUCCGGUGCCCGUGUGGUAGCCACUGUAUUCCACAAUUUGCUUUGCUAUUCCAAGUAUGUUCCAUCAAUUCGCGGAGCACCUCUGGUCGUCUCAUCUCAUCUGAGAGAGCCACUGCUCUGCCAUGACUUUUCAUCCUGGUGUGGAAUUCAAGUGGAGGUGAAUAACUUGGAGCUUUACUGUGUGGAAACAGACCUUCUCUAUCGGCUAAGAAUUUUUUCCUAAUUUCCCCUCUGCCCUCUCUCCGUCUCUCUCUCUGCCCCCGUCCUCUCUGUCCAGAUGGCCCACAUUAAUAAGGCAGACAGUCAUACCUCAGUGAGCAACCUUUUCAUUUCCCCUUAGACUGAGCAGACACGCAGGAGGAGUCACCCUGACUACUGACCCUGUCCUCUUGGUCUGUUGGCUGGACGACCACGUUCAGAGAAAGGAUGGCUGAGAGUGAGAGCUCAGGGAAACACGGCCGGUCUAAAGCUUGGCGCAGGCGGUCUGGUGGGACUGUCGAGCCUUGGGAGUUGUUGUCUUCUACUUAGGCAGAGAUGUGUGUGUUAGACUUUACAGUAAAAGGUGAGGAAAGUGCAUGAAAGCAUAAGAAACUAAGAGUUUAAUUAAACGAAUGCUGCUCCUUCCACAAUCCAUAUUUAAAAUUUUUAAAAAGCUUUAUUGAAUACAUGCAGAAAUAGAGUUUCCAGCUGUGUUUCCCACACUGUUACAGAUGAUAAUACCAGCCAUACUCCACUAUAAAAUGUCUCAGAAUAGAAAGCUUUGCUGUGAUGUGUUUUUUCCUGAAGAAAUAUGCUCUAGGUAGCCCAGUUUGAAGGCCUAGACAGUUAUGUCCAUGUGGCUAACUUUUUUUAGAGAGUAAUGGUUGUUUGUGCUGGACUCAAAUCCCAUUGAGUUUUCUGAUGGAUGUUCUUCCUGCUCCAGUGUUCCCCAGAAAUAUCUCAAAGAGAUCACAGUGAAACAGGAAAACAGGCCAUUGUAAACACACCUUCUCCCUGCAUCCACACUUUUACAACUACACCUGUAAAUCUAAAAAGCACAAAACACACACGAGCAAUACACCCACACAUUGUUCUCAGGGCCACCUGACACACACAUGUAUGCAAAUAGAUAAAUACACACACCAUGUAGUCAUAUAUGUAAAUAUUUCAGCCUUCAUCGACAAUAACAGCCGAGCACAUUGAGACAGCGUGACAUUCUUUGCUCCGUGGUUUGUAUAUCACACUUAAGAUUGUACUGUAUGUAGUGAGAGUCACACAAGUGGUUUGUACUUUAGGAUUUGAGCCAUGUAUAGCUGAGAAAACACAUCUCCCCCAUUUGUUAUCAUGGUGCUGUAUAACGGGCUGUCCGUAGCACUGUAUAUAAUGGAUUUUACUUUUGCUUUUUUCGGAGAAACAGCAGUUAUUUGUGAACAACUCAAGCUCUGCUGACUGGAGAAAAGAGGGAGGAAAGAAAACUUCUUUUGGCACCAAAUGCAGGAGCUUUGCGCAUUUAGAUGCUGCAAUAUGUUCAGUAGUUAAAGGGUUCUGAAAGCUUUCGUUGCCAGGUAACGUCAGCCUUUUUGGACUUUCUCUUUGGAGACUGUCAAGCCCCGUUUCCCUAAGGCACCUCUUCAUCCCUCUGCCAGGUCAAAGGUAAAAAAAAAAAAAGGAAAGCGAAUGACGCAGAGAGGCUGUUAGGAAACGGUUUCUGGUCUGUUCUGCGCGAUGGGAUUCAUCCAGACACCAAAGACUCUGAAGCCUUUGUUGCACAAAUCUGAUCAUCCCACCAGUCUUAGAAGUAGGAAACCAUACGGUUUGUGAUCUGAUAUCCACCGUCUAGACAGUUAUGAAAUAUCUAGUAAAAAGCAAAGAAAGAUCUCAUCUCCUAUGUGUAAAUGAAAGAAAACUGUGUCUUGCUCAUUCUUGUAUUAGAGCAGAGAGUUGGGUUUUAAGUCCGGGAGUCGUGCUAAAUUUGUCUGGAAGCUGAAGGGAGAAGAGCAGCAGAAUGAGCAGGAAAGUCCAUCCGCGACCUGCUCUGAACUCAGAAAUAGAUCCGGGAUCACGUUUCAACUGCUGAGGCAAAGUGAACCAGACUAACUGCUGAACACAUCAUUUUCUCUGGGGGUGUGUGCAUGUGUGUUUUGGGGGAUGUGUGUGUUCAACGUGAUCUCAUAGGAAAGAAUAUAGAUAGCACGCCACUGUGAAGACAUUUUGCGGGUCAUGUCUACGCAUUUUAAGCUUUGCAUGUGUCAUUUUACACCACAUAUUCAUUCCCAACUCGACACGUACACAUGCUUAAUUGCUUUUAAAGUUUUAAACAAGCAAAUCUCUUGGUUAUGUUCUGAAAAAGCUCAUGGGGGAUUAAAUAAAUACAGGUGCAUCUCAAUAAACUAGAAUAUCAUAGAAAAGUUUAUUUAUGUCAGUAAUUCAAUUCAAAAAGUGGAAACAACACAUUAUAAACAUCCACUAUUAUAUAGAUUACACGCAGAAUGAAACAUUUCAUGUCUGAAUUUAUUUAAUUUCUUCUAAUUCUAAUAAUUAUGGCUUGCAUUUAAUGAAGACCUAAAAUUCAGUCUCUCUAAAAAAAAUUAAUUACAAAAGACUAAUUUGAAAAAGUAUGUUUAAUAUGGAAAUAUUGGCCUUUGAAAAGUAUGUCAUCUAUAUGACUCAAUACUUGGUUUGGGCUAUUUGACUUGAACUACUGGAAAAUGACUUUUUCAUCAUAUUGUCAUUUAUUGAGAUGCACCUGUAUUUUUCCAUAAAUUAGAUUACAUACAUAAGCUAAGUAGUCAACAUACAGGAUACAUGCAGCGGUUUCCUGACUGGACGUUAUGUUAUUUUCUCAAUUUUUCAUUUCUUUAAUGUACUUUUUAAAAAAAAUGUCCAUCACAGCUUCCCAAAGACCAAGAUGAUGUCUUUAAAUGUCUUGUUUUGUCAGUUCAAAACCCAAAGAUAUACAGCAAAUAUUAUAUAAAACAGUAUGAAGGAGGAAAAUUACAUAUUUCAUAGGCUAAAAUACAGCAUUUCCUGCCAUUUUGCAUGAAAAAUGACUUUUAAUCAAUUAUCCAAAUAGUUGCAGUUUUUUCUACAACCCAUCCCCAAUCUCCUCCCUUCGUGGGCUUUAUCACUCUUAAUGCUACAUCACCUGACUUCCAGAGCACUCACUCUGAGCCUCUAAGUAAAAUGACACAUGUAAAGCAAAGAUUGUGACAACAAAACACGCAAAAUGACCAAACUGGUGCGUUGUUCAUAUAUUGUCUGGUGAAACCACACUGGUGUGUUUGUCUGGCAAGCACAAAACCCCAAGGGUAAUGGGAAGCUAUUUCACACCCAUAUGCACAUGCACACGCACACACAUACACACAAUAUUGCAGUCCCAUUAAGCAUGUUGUUGCAUACUCCCUGGUCAUGGUCCACUGAUUGUUUAAGUCCAAUAUCCUCCUGAUAACCGAUCGAAGCAUUUUGGAUGAGAAUGUACACUGUUGUUAUAGUAAUUGUAGAGUAGAAUGUAUUUACUCAUAGACAGAGUAAACUUGCUUUUUUGUAGAGAAGCAUAUAUACAGAAUAUAUAUGGAUACAUACAUAUAUAUACAUCUAUAUAUCUUUUGAACUACUUGUGUGUGAGAGUUGUUUUGGGCGCAUCCAUCCUGUUAGAAUUCAUAUUUCUUUCCCCGUUCUAAUUUUUAUUUAUAAUGUUUUGACAAAAGUAGCGUCUUACGAGUGAUGAGUGUUUACUUUUUGCUGUAAAUAUGAUUUUUUUAUUUUAUUUUUGACAAAAAGGGGAUUAAAAAGAAAAACUUUUAAGAUGCUGCCUAUGAAACUAUGAAGUGAUAUCUGUCCACAGAAUCUGUUUGAUCUAUGAAAUUAUCAAAGUAAAAUAUUUGUGAAAUGUAACGAUGACAGGGUGAGAGCUUCACGGGUCGCACUCAUUUAACAGAGGCCAAUGACAAUGAAUGAGGGGGUCUUUGAACUCGCUGUAUUGAUCGUUUUGAUUAGUAGCAACAUUCACAGCAGUGAUGAUCUGUGGUUGUCACUGUUUUUGACAUAAUCUAUGCUUGAUGAACUGAAAAUAAAUCUGAGAAAGUGCUGAAUCUCUA